AUGGACUUCAGGGGUGUGGCAAUAGGAAUAGUGUUCUUAUUUCAGAGCACAUUUGGAAUUCUGGGGAAUGUCUCUUUUCUUUCCUACUACCUCCUUCACUACUGCACUGCACAGAAGUUAAUGACCAAGGAUUUGAUUCUCACACACCUGUUCACAGCCAAUUCCUUAAUCAUUCUUUCUAAAGGAGUGCUAGAGAUAACACAUGCUUUUGAGAUGAAAUGGUUUACCAGUGAUAUUGGCUGCAAAUUUCUUUUGUAUAUUCAAAGACUUGGCAGGAACAUGUCCAUUGGCACCAUCUGUGUUUUGAGUGUCUUUCAGGCCAUCACCAUCAGUCCCAGUGUCUCUCGUUGGAAGGAUCUGAAAAUAAAAGCUGCAAAGUAUACUGGACUCUCCAUUUCCCUCUGCUGGGUUCUGUGCAUGGGAAUAAAUAUGAUUUACCCUGUGCAUACAUAUGCAAUGGAAAGCAGCAAAAACAUGACACUUAAACAAAAUUUGAUACAUUGCUCCACUCCAGGAUAUAAUGCAGUCAGAGGUUCAUUGUAUAUGGCUUUCUGUGUAGUCCCUGAAAUUUUGCUUUCUGUCAUCAUUGCCUGGAUGGGUGGAGCCAUGGUUAUCACUUUGUACAGGCACAAGCAAAGAGUUCAACAUAUCCGAAGUACUCAUGUUUCAAAUAUUACAUCCCCUGUGUCCAGAGCCUCCCGGAGCAUUGUUGUCCUGGUGUUCACUUUUCUAGGUUUUUAUGCUCUCUCCUCCAUCUUACAGGGUUGGAAUGCUCUUGUAUAUAACAGUGGAUGGUGGCUAAUGAACAUCACAGCUGUCAUUUCUAUGUGCUUUCCCACCUUAGGACCUUUUAUUGUGAGUCAUACCUCCACUUUAUUCAAAUUCCACUUUUUCUGCAUGAGGAACCAAAAUAUCACAUAA